GCACUGCUGGGCACCGAUCAUCAAGGCACUGAUCAUCAGUGCCCUGAUGAUCGGUGCCGAUCCUGCUCUGACAACUGCUGGUUCUCGGCAGCACUUUCCUCACGCUUUCACAGCGUGAGGAUAGUGCAGCCGAGAACCAGCAACUGCAUUUCCCGUGUGCCGUGAUGAUCUGUGUAGCCCCAGCAGUGCCACCUGUCAGUGUCCAUCAGUGCCAGCUCUGUGGUCAUCCAUACCACCUGCCAGUGCCCAUCAAUGCCACAUAUCAGUGCCCAUCUGAGCUGCCUUUCAGUGCCACCUAUCAGUACUACCUAUCAGUGCCAGUCAGUGCCACCUAUCAGUGUGCAUCAGUGCCACCUAACAGUGCCAGUCAGUGCCGCCUAUUAGUGUGCAUCAGUGCCACCUAACAGUGCCAGUCAGUGCCACCUAUUAGUGUGCAUCAGUG